AUGGACCCUGCUUCUUCAUCCUCCACAUUCUUCUUUGGAAAGAGAGUCCGGACUGAAGCUGCGAUUCACCCCUAUGUGUACCUCGACACUCACCAUGGUCGCUUUGAAGACGACGAGGAGCCCGCUCUCCGCGACUGCGAAUGGGAUCAGCUGCUCGCAACAUAUUCUCUCACUUUGGCAACAUCACCAUUUGCAGCCUCUACGCCGACGGGUUCUUGUCAGGACCAGAGUGAAAAUGAGAUCCUUCCAGCGGGAGCUUUCAGCGGGAUGCUGAAUGAAUCACAUUUCCUGGUGAUUGACCCUGAUGGCAGGGGUUGCGAAGUGGUACAAUCUAGGUGUGAAAGAAGACGUGCCCAGAACAGGAAGGCUCAGCGUGCAUAUCGUGCUCGUAAAGAGGCGCAAUUGGAGACGGCAUCGUCGACCUUGGCCGAGAAGCAGUCGCAGCUGAGGACUUUGCACCUUCACAACCAGGAACUCCUCGGAGUGAUCGACCAACUCAAGGCAGUCAUUGUACAGUUGGAGGCUGAGAACCAGCUGCUGAAGGAACGUCAGUGUGCAGAUGGCGGCCUGUCAGUUGAAGCGUCCGAGUGUAUGACGGAAAAUGCAAGUUUCGUGUCAGCCUUGGCGGAAACGACAGUCUUGUCGCAAAAGAACAGGCUAGAAGAUGGGAAACAACUCUAG